GCUACUACAAAGAGCAAAGGUGAACAGAAACGCGGUGCACCGCACCCACCGCUACUGGAGAAUCUUUUUCUUCCCUGCGACAAUGGCGAUGCAAAUGGCGGGAAGUGCAUUUGCAAAAUCGUACUGAAAUAUUCACUUCCCGCUCUGCUUUGUUACCUCUAUAACUCCGCCUUCGGCAAACAUUUUUAAUCUGGGAUUAAUCUGAGUCGGUACUAAAUAUCUGGAGUUCUUCAGAAUCUGCCGACAGAGGUUCCUUUCUAGGCGGCAAGAAAGGAAGAGGAAAGCUUAAAAACAUCCAAGAGUUUUUGUUUGAAGUUCUGCCUGUCGUUCUCGUGAUUCUUUUUAAUGGCGAUUGCUGGAGAUUCGUCUGGCGGUGGCGUUGUUACUUCUCCGGGCAAAACCCUUGCCGGCGAUCAGAUUGAAGAUUCCAAAGCCAAAGGUCCGAAAAGUUGUCAUCAGUGCCGCCAAAAAAUCAAGAAAUUUGCAGCAGCAUGCAAGAGUUAUAGGAAAAAUAAACCUUGCACCCUUCGGAUAUGCAAACAAUGCCUCUUGAACAGGUAUGGGGAGAUAGCUGAGGAAGCAGCUAUGGUCGAAAACUGGAGUUGCCCCAAGUGUAGGGGCAUUUGUAACUGUAGUGUUUGCAUGAGGAGAAGGGGUGGUUCACCCAAAGGUGCAUUUUCCCCUUCAGGACGGCCAAGUGGAGUUUCUUCUGUUUCUCGAAACCAGGAGGGACUCGCUUCACCUAGGAGAGGAAAGGAAAAUUCUUUUAAUGGUAAAGUGGAUCCAAAUGUGCCAAAUUUUGUUGAAAGGAGUUCCAAGAAACUCAUGGGAGCUUGCAAUGACAUUGUAGGCCAUAAUAUCUCCUCAAAAGUAACUAAUCAUGGACAGAAGAGAGGCAGAACAAAGGAACGCAUUGGUAAUACUGGCGAAAACGGUGAACUCUCUGAGAAGAAACAUAAGAAAAUGAAGUGUGAUGUUGCAGGCGAAUUGGGCAAGGAUAAUGAUGGAGCUGCUGUCAAGAAGAAUUUGGUUGGACAGAAGAAAAAACGAAAAGAAUGUGACAGUGCUAUAAACGAUGAGGCUGUUGAUAUAGCCCUUCCAGUUGGAACCGAGUUGAAACAUAUUGCUGGGGUUGAUGUUCUGGCCGAAGACAUGGGGAACGCUCUGCAGUUCUUAGAAUUCUGUUCUGCUUUUGGAAAGGUCCUAGAGAUUAGGAAAGGACAACCCGAGCAUGUGCUGCAAGACUUGUUUCAUGGGCGAGCCGGACGCCGUGGAAAAUAUUCUGUGACUAUCCAGUUCCAUAACCACCUGCUAUCUAUACUGCUGCCUGAGAAUGAAAAGAGUGCUGAGACAGAAAACCAUGGUUACGAGAAAAGCUCCUGGUUCCGGACUCUCAAAGAAUAUUUGUCCGAAUCUAAGAGUGUUCUCGAAGCUGCAGGGGUGUGGGAUUCUCUAGAGAAGGCAGCUGAUUAUGAGGCUUUGAAUUCUUCCGAAAAGCUUAUGGUCCUGAAUAUUGUGUGCGAUGAAAUUCUUGAAACUGAGAAGGUGCGAAGGUGGAUGGCUGAACAGGUGCAGGAAACUAAGGAGAAAGAGAAGAGUUUGAGGGAUAAAGCAAAGAAUCCCGUGGAUGGUGAUUCCAAUUCAACUGUUGAGCAACUGAAGACUUCUGCUGAUAAAUCUGAAGUGGCACAAGAUCAUGCUGAUGUACUGAAGUCUAAGGACAUACUUCUGAAGCGCAAGCGGUCGUGCAAUGCUGUGAGAACUGACCCUGUCCUUAUGGAUACUCGUGGUCACGGUUAUUGGAUGCUAAACUGUUUAGGCAGCACUGAUGUUCAGCACCAAAGCAUUGGGAAAGGGGACGACUCUCUUAGCUUGAAGGAAGAAUGGUUUGGGGUUGAUGCUGAAGGAAAAGAAGUGAUCAAGAAACAUGUGAGAUCUCUGAGGCUAAGGUCGAGGAAGAGUCGAGUGGGAGGGGGCAAGGGCCAUGGGAACAAAACAACACAAUCUUGUGUUGAUUGAAGAUGGUAGUGAGAAGGUGACUCUAUAAUUGAGGUAGGAAUCUAUUGGGAAGGGAGGGAAAUGGAAAUAGAAUGAAUGCCGAACCACAUUUUGUUAAAUACCUACUUACAUACUUACUUACUAUCCUCUUCCCUCCACUAGGAUUAAACUUUCCAAACUAAUCUCAUCCUAAAUGCCGAACCACAUUUUUUUAUUUAUUAUUUUUUUUCA